UUGAUAUUCACGUUUCAUCUUUCCCUUUCUCUUUCAUUUGAGAACACACGUUCUCUUUCUUCUCCCACCACAAGCCAAUCGACCGGAACCAAGCCAACGCCGGCGAGCUGCGACCGCGACCGCGACCACUCUCCCUCCAUCCAUCACUGUUUUCAAUUGGGUUUGAGUCAAUACAAAUUUCAAUAGUUUCAAACAUUCAACUUUGGCGACUCUAUUCUACUCAACUCUCUCUUUCUCUGCGUCUUUGGUUUAUUGCAACACUGUUCUACGUUUACGGCAUUUUCGGGGUUGUUGCGUUCUUGCUUCUCUGUGUUGAUGUAUUGCUGCUUCUUGCGUUGGUGUGUUCAGUUCAUCAUUGUUGGACAUAAUGGAGAAUGUAAGAAGUGUGAAAGCUGGUGGUUCGCGUAGGCCUACUACUCAAAGUCCUGCUGAAGGAUUUGAUUUACCUUUUCAAGCUAGAUCAAGCGUUGAGUUGAAAAAGAUGUUUCAACAUCAAAUUAAGCAAGAAAAAAUUGAAAAGUUGCAUGAGAGGCUGCAUGGAAACAAUAGAGAAAUGCCUCAAGGGAUUAUAGAAGUUGUAGACGAAACACCAAAAAAAGGAACUCAGCAAGAACAAGUUCAAAAGGUUGACGGUAAUUUGGAGAAAGAUGCAAUGACAAAGAAAUUGAAGAAAGCCAAACUCUCGCAACCUCAAGCAAUGAAAGAUGGUGCACAUCGUGACAAAGAAGUUGUACAACAAACACCAAAAAGCAAAGGAACUCAGCAAGAAAGAGUUCAAAAGGUUGGUGGCGAUUUGGAUAAAGAUGCAAUCACAAAGAAAAUUAAGAAAGUCAAACUCUCGCAACCUCAAGCAAUGAAAGAUUAUGAACAUGGUGACAAAGAAGUUGUACAACAAACACAAAAGAGAAGAACUAAUGGGAAAGCUACAAUCAAUGGACUGAAUGAGAAACUACAUGCAAAAAAUAGAAUUCUAGAGGUUGCUACAAAGCAAACAGAGAGGCCUAGGAUUUUGCAACCACAAGCUAAGAACGAUUUUGCUCAAGGAAUGCUGAAAAAAAGAACUCAUGAGAAUCUACUAGACAACAAUAGAGAGAAAAUUCAAAAGGUGGAUAAAACAGUUGCAAGGAAGUUACUUAUUCCUUCCAAAAUAGCGAAACCUGAUAAACCUAAUAUAUCUUUGGACACAAUGAUGUCAAAAACUGAAUGCUCUAAAAAGGCAAAGAGGGUGCCUACAUGCCCAUCAAUGUUGAUUCAUGAUUAUGUGGAACUUCACAAGUCAAAAGAGAUGGAAGCAACCAAGUCAAACAAUGGAGAAAAACCGGGAAGUAACUUUCACCCUAGCUCUAGUAAAAAUCAGCCACUAUCUGGCAAAAAUAGAGUGGAAGAUUCGAGAGAACUGGUAGUCAAUGAAGAAGAGGAAAACACAAAUAGAGAAGAAGAACAAGGAAUAUCUCAAAGAAAAACUCGCGGGAGAACUUUGUGCAGAAAGAUUCAUGCAAGAACUUUUGAAGAGCGAGUAGAAGUGACCUAUAAUGAUGUUGAUCAGCCUAUCGGUCCCACUAAAAAAGUAGUAUCUGACUUGAGCCUCUUCCUGGGAACAUUGGCUAGGAACUCAACAUUUUGUCCUCUAAAAUAUACCAACUGGUCAGGAAUGCCAGAAAAAAAUAAAAACCGUGUAUGGAGAUAUGCUAAUCGGAAGUUUAUCUUGUCGGUUGAAGCACGAGAUUGGGUUGAGACUACUGUUAGAGAUGCAUGGAGAAGAUAUAAGUACAAGAUUAAGCAGCAUCAUUUUCUAAAGUAUCCCAACAUGACCGAAAGACUUAAACAUCGUCCUCCAAAGGUGCCAAUAGCUCAUUUUAGGGCGCUUUGUGAAUACUGGAGUAAGGAGCCUAUACAAGCAUUGGCUGAAAGUAACGCUAGAAAUAGAGCUCAACUGAAGUGGCUGCAUCGAAUGGGUCCCCAAAACUUCUCUCUGACUCGUGAAAAACUGCGUGAAAAGGAAAAAAGAGAGCCCACUCAAUCAGAAAUGUUUUUUGAAACUCGAAAAGGAAGUAGAGGAAAACAAUUGGAUGAAGAAACUGAAAAAGUAUUUUCCCAACUUCAAGAAAUGGUUGAAAAGAAAGGAAGUGAUACUGAAGCUUUUAAAGCUGUUAUGGGAAAGGAGCGUCCCGGAAGGUUACGUUGUUAUGGGAGAACAGUAACUAAAACUUCCUUAAAGCGAAAGGUUGAGAUUAAUGCUUUGAAACAAGCACAUAGUCAAGAGGUAUCUACUUUGAGGCAUGAAUUUCAAGAUCAGAUUGAUAGAUUGCAAAAUGCGUUUAAGACCGUCAUACAACAAUGCAAUCCUCAAUUAAAUAUGGUCUCAAUAGAACAUUUGCUUGGAUUAUCUCAUGGAGAUGCUAACAGCUCCCCAAAGGAUAGUGGAGCACAAAUGCAUUCCUCUCCUUCAAUUCAUACUCCAUGUCCUGAAAAGCAAGUUAUCAAUGAAGAUGCUGUACAGGAUGACAUAGAUGAGGAGGAAGACGGAGAUGAUGAAUUUCUUGAGGACGAAUUUCUUGAGGACAACUUAAGUGAUGAAUUUCAGGAGGAUGAUGUAGAUGAUGAAUUUCAAGAGGAUGACCUAGAUGAUGAAAUUCAAGAGAAUGACAUCGGUGAUGAAUUUGAAGUGGACGAUUUGGCUAAUGAAUUACAAGAUAAACUUGAAUGAUCGAGUUGGAUGGUGUUUUAUUUUGGAUUGUAGUUAAGCCACUAAACUUGUCCGAACUUUAGUUUUGUUAUUUUGCUAGGCUUAUACUUCGAAGCAUUAAACUUAUCAAGUAAUGUUUGACAUUUUGAUUACUAUUAUGUCUUGAAUUAAUGUUUGAACUAUGUUAUUAUAUUA